UGAGUACGAGAGAGUCAAAGAGACGCUACAUUUGUGCCCAUUUGGAUGUGCAGUUAAUUCCACCAGCAUAGGACAGCGCUUGUGUGCAAAGCGGUUGUUACUGUUUAACGUUUUUUUUUUAUCCAGCUCGGAUUAUAGUUCAGCCAAGUGAAGAUACUGAUUUGGAAAAUAUAGACAUUAAUUUUCAACUGCGUCUUUUGUAAGGAAAAAAAUAAAUACAAUUGUACCAAUUUGGAGAGUUUAGUGGGACCGGCGAAUCUGUCAGGAUGUCAGACCUGUCUGUGAAUGAUCAUUUGGAGGGGAUACUGUCAGACUUUGAGGCAUUGAAAAGAUCCUUCGACAUUGAUGAUGUGGAUGAUAUCCCUACAUUUUCUCCCACCUCUCCCCUCAACUCUCCCUUCAGCCCCUCACCCAGCAGCCUUAUCCUGACCAAGACCAAUGAGGGCAGAGGACCUACCGCCCAUGUCCAGCCCACCUACCAAUCAAGGAUUAGCAUCAGCUCUAGCCUGGCCCCCAGCCCAGUCAUGAAGAACAAAGUGGUAUCCAGCCUUUCCUUCAACCGAGGUUCCAUGGCCAAAACUAAUGGCAAUACUGGCUCCAGCAUCACUCGGGUCUCCUCCUUCCAGACCAAGUUCAACCCCAAUGGCUUCUCCUCGUCCUGUGGGCCGGGGAGCGACAAUGACAGCCUCUAUAGCUCCACUUCCAGCCUGGAGUACCAGGCGUCCUCCAAACUCGGCUCCUACGCCAGCCCUCCCCAAAGCCCAAUGGGGAUGAGCGACUUCAAAGCCCAGCGCAUCUGCAGCCCAGCACUGAAUAAGUUCUCCUCCCAUGGCAACAUGUUCCAUUCUGAAGUAGAGCCACCUCUCGUCUUGCCCGCAGAGCCCAUGGGGGUGAACCACGGUUCUAUGCCUUCUCUGGAUCUCCACAUCACCGAAAGUCGUGGGGCUGGAAAUGCCAGAUCACCGAGCAUGGGGUACCGCAGCACUGGUCCCACUUGGAAUGCUGCCUCUCUCAGGCAGAACUCCAGGCCUCUUGGAAGAGAGCCCUGUUUCACUUCUGGUACCCAGUCUCCCAAACCAAAGGAACCCACAAAAUUGAACAAGUUUCCUCUGGAUCUUGAUAACUUGGUGGCCAGACCUCAAGAAGCUCCAAAGGAGGCUUUCCCCAGGCCAGCCCCUAGAUCCCACCCCAAGUUGAGCAGCCCCACCAGCUCAACCAGCCCUGCAGUCUCCAUCAGCAGCUUGGACACCUUGGCAACCGGGAACCACAGCAAAACAGCCAAAGCUGGCUCCAUGCAACCUCUGGGGUGCUUCCAAGUCCCCAGUGUCAGCGAGUCUCCUGUCCCCCUUUCACCGCCCCAGACACCCCAGUUCCGUCUGGUCUCACAGCCCCAAGUUGUGCAGCUCUCUCCUGUAGCUCAGACCCCAGCUGCCCAAGUCAAGGUUACCCAGAAGCCCCAGAUCAACAAGGAGCUUGCCCAGGGCCCCCCUCCGCAGAAGGAGAAUGUAGGCUCCAUACUUCAGAGAAUCGCCUCGUUUUCUCGAGCUGACAACACAGGACCCAGGCCAAGGGAGAACAAAUACCAUGGAAACAAGCAGGAGAGGGAGGAGCCGCCAGGUCAGAGGGAGGCUGAGCAGAGAGUGAAGACGCUGGAAGCGGAAAAGUCCAUGGCAGAGCCGCAAUCAAAACCGGAUCCUGACCCCAAGACCGAGGCGACUGUGACAGGCCUGGAUCUCUUCGGCUAUGUGGGUAUAGAGUCUGUGCUUGACCAGAUGAGACGCAAGGCCGUGAAGACCGGGUUCGAGUUCAACAUCAUGGUUGUAGGUCAGAGUGGCUUGGGCAAGUCGACCCUGGUGAACACGCUUUUCAAAUCCAAAGUGAGCCGGAAAUCCUGCAGUCCCUCCUUUGAGGAGGGCAUCUCCAAGACAGUGAACCUACAGUCCGUCAGUCAUGUUAUUGAAGAGAAAGGAGUAAAAAUGAAGCUGACCGUGAUCGACACUCCAGGGUUCGGAGACCAGAUAAACAAUCUGAACUGUUGGGAGCCAAUUAUGAAAUACAUCAACGAGCAGUAUGAGAAAUAUCUGAAGGAGGAGAUCAACAUUAACAGGAAACGCAAAAUCCCAGACACCAGAGUCCACUGCUGCAUCUACUUUGUGCCCCCUACUGGCCAUUGUUUACGCCCCCUGGACCUGGAGUUCAUGAAGCGAUUGGGUAAAGUAGUGAGCGUCGUCCCAGUGAUCGCCAAAUCUGACACCCUCACCCUGGAUGAGAGACAGCGGUUCAAAGAGCGGAUUCGACAGGACCUGUGGACCAAUGGCAUCAAAGUGUACCCACAGAAGGAGUACGAUGAGGAUACAGAAGAUAGAAUAUUGAACGACAAAAUCCGGGAAAAGAUCCCCUUUGCAGUGGUGGGCACAGACAAAGAGCACCAAGUGAAUGGAAAAAACGUCCUGGGUAGAAAAACCAAGUGGGGAGUCAUUGAAGUUGAAAAUGUUGCACACUGCGAGUUUGCCAACCUGAGAGAUCUGCUCAUCAGGUCCCACCUGCAGGAUUUGAAAGAUGUCACACACAACAUCCAUUAUGAGACCUACCGGGUUCGGAGAUUAAACGAAAGCAACUUGAAUGGCAUUGGACUUUCAACACCUCUGGCCUCAGUGAAUGGCACAGCGGUGAGAAAGGAGUCAGAGAGCAACCUUUAAGAGGAGGGAAACCAAAACAAAGUCUUCAGAUAACGGUUUUGGCUGUCCUACCCCCAUUCUUCCUUCCCCCCUCCUCCUCCAGUGUACAGCAUUGUACGCCAAUAAAAAAAAGAGAGCUCUAGGGUUACCAAGAAAUUAUACUGGAACCAGGCAGGUUUUUUUUUUCCGGUUUGGGGUGAUGAAGUGGCAUGCUGCCAUGGCUACUCUGGGGUGGGGCUUGACAACAGAAAGUGGGCCAAAUCUAUGUUGGAGGGUGGGUGGGGAAUUGUACUCCGUUAGAGCUUUGGGCUGCCUUAAGUCUUAUAUUUGAGCCCAUCUGUACUGUGCAAAUGCCAAGCGUUCAGUCAGUUAAUCAAAUCCACAGGCUUUGAACAGCGCUCAGCAAGGACUUUGAGAAUGAAAGAGAAACAUGCAUUGAUCAAGUGUGCUCAUAACCCACCUUAAACGCUUUGAAUUUUUGCUCUUGAUUUGAUCAUUUUUUGCCUCAGUGAGAUAUUACUAUUGCCAAGCAGCAUGCUGAGUGAGGUUACAAUUGUAAAAAAAAAAGAAACUGUUGGCCAUAAAGCUAAAUGUAAAAUUCCCCAAUUGCUGUAAAAAAAAAAGACUAACAAUACUGACUUAACAAGCCCUGCUUAGAAAAUCACCCACUAUGAUUCUCCUCAUAUAUCUUGCUUGUUUGGCAGUCGUGACAUCCAUUAAAAUAUUCAAGUUCUAUUUGUCCUUGGAGAAGGGGGCUUAUCAAAAGGGGUUUACAGACCUGUAUGAAAAUAUGAAAAUGUAUAUUUGCUUUCAUUACACUCAGGCUGCAGUAACUUUAUAAUGGAUAGCUCUUGAACAGCAGUGCCAUCUAGUGCCCCUCGCUGGAACUGAGUCUUGCUAUUCCGUUGUAUUCCGUAAUCGGAAUACAACGGAAUAGCUGUGGAGAUUAGUGGAGCCCGCGGUAUUAAUCCCUCAACUAUUGUACAUAUUAAUUUCUGUAAUGGUUCUGAAUGUUUUGUACUGUAUUAACAGUAAUUUUAAUUUUUUGCUAUGUUUCAUUUUAAUAUGACGGUUCAUUUGUGAUUAAACACACCGUACUCUGUAUAUACUCUUAGCUCUGCUGCUUGCUCUCUGCACAGCUAUGCAACCCACCAGUUGCCUUUUAAAAAGCAGGUUACCUGAACAGUGCUUGCUCCACACAUACAAGUAAGCUUUAGGAUAAUACUGGUGAAGUCUCAGUGUUUUAAAGCCAGUACUUAAGAAUGGAAGUAUUACAGUGAACUGCAACAGUAAUAAUACAGAUCCUGAUAUUAAAUGUACAGUGAAGCUAAUGCAGCAUAUAUAUAUAUAUAUAUAUAUAUAUAUAUAUAUAUAUAUAUAUAUAUAUAUAUAUAUAUAUAUAUAUAAUUUCUUUCUUUUUAAAGAUUCCCUUUGCAUUUUAGGUUUUGCAAUGACCCAAGCCUUGCCUAUCCUUUCUUGAGCUACUAAUACUAAAAGCCGGAGUGGUUCAAAUUGCCAUGUAGUUUUGUAAUGCACCCUUGUUUUUGUGAAAGAUGCCUUCAAUAGUCUCUGCAUUCAGGGAUCCAACCGCUAGCACUGUGAGAAUGCAUAGGAUUUUCUAAAGCAGUAUUAUCACACCAGAGCAGUGCCACUCUGUAAGUCCACUCUACCACCAGGACUGUAUCACAUCCCGGUUACAAACAGAAACCCCAUUUGUGCUGCAAUACCAAACAGUAAUACUAGUGAAAAUGUUACUAAAACUAUUGAAAUAACUUGUUUUAACUAAAAUGAUUACAGGUACUUUUCAUGGAUAGAACUAUUUUUUAGGCAUUUUCUAUGUUAUCCACAAUUUGAGAGAGACCAAACUUCUUAAAGCUUUUAGUGGACUAUGUUGAAGAAACUAUAGUUACCGGUACUGGUCUCCACAAAGUGAAAUAUUUCAAUUUUCUUGCAUCAUCUUGUGGCAAAAUGAUUAAAAGCAAACGAGAAAUCAUGGAUUAACAGGAGAGAAUAAUAAAGCACACCUAAGGAAAGAAAACAAAUUAUUAUUAAAUCAGUCAGUAAAUUCAGAAUGCUUUUGGUUAAUAAGGGUCGUGGGGUUGCCAGUUGUAGUGUCGCUGUUAUACUCGGUAAUAUCACAGCUUCUUGUUUGGAUCUCCCUUAGUAGAAUGGACUGCAAAGUUUUAAUGUAAAUGUUUAUGGAUUUUAUUAAAAGUCACAGAAAAGCGCUA